AUGUCAUUGGCGAGCCGUGGGAGACUCCCCUACGCGGAAGCGUCAGCUCUAGCACUAGAUAUUGAGGCAGCGAUGCCUAAGGAGAGAGCCAAGGAAAUCACUACCUUGUCAUCACAUCACUCCCGGGAGAAAAGGGAGUGGGAUGAUUCUAGGACUCCAUACGACGGAAAACGGUACCAGUCGAGUCAGCAUCGAUCUCAACACGGAGAAGGACAACAUACUUCUAGUCAGAGAGGAGACUACCGAUCCAGGGCACCACAAUGCAACGUGUGCUCUAAGUAUCACUUCGGAGAAUGUCGACAUCAAAACGUUACCAAGUGUUACAACUGCGGAGGGAAUGGUCACUUCUCUAGGGAGUGUCCGAGCAAGAAGGAAGGAUCGGGAUCGAGGCAGAACGAUCAAGGAUCCCGCCAGCAACCAAGGGCACCGCAGGGUGAAUCGAGAGGAAAUCGCGACCAGCCAUCACGACAACAACAACUCCACCGCCCAAGACUUUCGACUCAAGCUAGAGCGUACGCGUUGGAACAAAAACAACCGAAGAUGGAGCGAGGUGAUCGCGAAAAAGGAAACCUGACAGAUGACAUCCUGGUCUACUCGAAGAACAGGAAGGAGCACGAGAAGCAUCUACGAAUCACUUUGGAGACGUUGAGGGCCGAGAAGUUGUACGCCAAAUUUAGCAAGUGUGAAUUUCGGCUGAAAGAAGUAGACUUCCUUGGACACAUUGUAUCGGCAGAAGGAAUCCAAGUGGAUCCCGCCAAAGUUGAGGUUGUACAACAAUGGAAGUCACCGUCGAUACCGAACGAGAUUCGGAGGUUCCUGAGAUUGGCAGGAUUCUACCGAAGGUUCAUAGAAGAGUUCUCCAAGAUAGUGAGACCAAUGACCCAACAACUCAAGAAAGGAGUCAAAGUCAAUCGGACCCCGGAGUCACAACGGAUAGAUACGAAACUUGGAGAAAUUCGAACUAAAGUGAGAACUGGCAAAUCUGGAAGCUUUAGUGAGGAGUCCGACAACGCCCUCAUUUUUGAAAGGAGACUGUGCGUACCAAACGACGUGGAACUCAAGAACGAGAUCAUGAGUAAAGCUCAUGACACUCCAUACACCGCUCACCCGGGAAACAUGAAGAUACGGCUCAAAAUAAACAUUGCGAUCAUCCACCCUGAUCUUGGCAUAGGUGGAGCGGAGAGGUUAAUUGUAGAUGCUGCUGUAGAACUCUCAUCUAAAGGUCACAAUGUUCAUGUAUUUACAUCACAUCACGACAAAACACGAUGCUUUGAGGAAACAGUUUCUGGUAUCUUUCCAGUUACUGUGUAUGGCGCUUUUCUUCCCCGGCAUAUUUUUUAUCGUCUCCAUGCAGUUUGUGCUUAUCUGCGGUGUAUCUUUGUUGCUCUUUUUGUGUUAUUUUUGUAUCCUUCAUUUGACAUUAUACUGGUGGAUCAAGUCUCCGUUGUCAUCCCAUUGAUGAAAUUGAAAAAUCUAUCAAAGGUAGUAUUUUAUUGCCAUUUUCCAGACCUAUUACUGGCUCAACACACAACCAUUCUUAGGAGAAUCUAUCGUAAACCUAUAGAUUUUCUAGAAGAAAUGACAACAGGUAUGGCUGAUUUAAUUCUUGUAAACAGCAAAUUCACUGCAUCAACAUUUGCGAAGACUUUCAAGCAAUUAAGUUCACGAGGGGUUAGACCUUCCGUGCUUUAUCCAGCUGUUAACGUGGAUCAAUUUGACGAACCUAGUGCUACUAAAUUGACUUUUCUUUCUAUCAAUCGGUUUGAAAGGAAAAAGCAUAUUGAACUAGCUAUAUCUGCUUUUGCAAUGCUCUACAACAGUCAACAGGAGUUCCUACGAGGUGAUAAGAGAGAGGAGCUUUCUUUGGUUAUUGCAGGUGGCUUUGAUAAAAGGCUGAGGGAGAAUGUAGAGUAUUUGGAGGAACUGAAAUGCUUGGUAGAAAGGGAAGGCGUCUCUGACCGUGUGCAAUUCAUCACGUCUUGUUCUACACCUGAAAGAAACACUCUUCUUUCACAGUGCCUCUGUUUGCUCUACGCACCCAAGGACGAGCAUUUUGGCAUUGUCCCGAUAGAAGCCAUGGCUGCCCACAAACCAGUAGUCGCGUGCAAUAGUGGGGGUCCAGUGGAGUCAAUAAAGAACGGAGUGACAGGAUACCUCUGUGAGCCUACCCCUCAAGACUUCUCGGCUGCCAUGUCUAACUUUCUUCGUGAUCCUCAGUUGUCGAAAGCCAUGGGCAUGGAGGCGAGGCAGCAUGUCGUGGAGUUGUUCUCUACCAAGACAUUUGGUCAUCACCUGAAUGCCUAUGUUGUUGAUAGUGCUCUUCGUAGAAAGAAAGAGUGAAGUGACGUGAAGAAGAUAUCAGCGAUGAAGAUUGUGAUUCUCCAAUACUCCUGUACAAGUACUAUAACUGUAGCUUCUUCGAAACCAUACAUAAGUUUUGCCUCUUCUUAAACUCAUUUUCUCUUGUAUUUUGAA